AUGGAAAUAAAGGGUCUCUUAGCAGUAGCCGGUAGACUUGAUUAUGAAUGUAGCAAAAUUGAAGAUGCUGUUCGAUUUGCUAGGAAUCACGAAAGGGUGUUCAAGAUGUUUCAAUCUUUUGCUGAACCAAACAAUUGGAGUAAGAAAUACACUACUGUAUUUCUAAGUGGCCUCACGCAUGAAGCAGAUGACUGGAAACUCCAAGUGGCGAUGUAUUACCCUGAUAUCUUAGUAGAAGAGUGA